GACAAACUGCUCAACACGAUGUUUCUUCUUCUAGCAAGAGUGACUCAGAUAGAACUACAGCAGAUAAUGUUUCUAGGAGAAAACCUGAUCGAAGAAAAUCUUUUACUUCUUUACUGAUGUCACAAUCAAAGGAUGAUUUGCCAAAUAUCUAUGAUAAUCAUAAUCCUCUUGAAGUUACUGAAUAUGUUGAUGACAUCUAUCAGUAUUACUGGGUUUUGGAGGCACAUAAUCAGCCGUUGAAACAUUAUUUGGAUAUCCAGAGUGAAAUUACACCUCAAAUGCGUGGCAUAUUGAUCAACUGGCUCAUUGAAGUACAUCUAAGGUUUGAUUUGAUGCAAGAAACACUUUUUUUGAUGGUUACACUAUUAGACCAAUUUUUAUCCUUGGUAAGCAUCGGGAAGAACAAAAUGCAGUUAGUUGGCCUUACUGCACUCUUGCUGGCAUCAAAAUAUGAGGAUUUUUGGCAUCCAAGGAUCAUGGACUUAAUUGGCAUUUCAGCAGAUUCAUACACAAGAGAUGAAAUGCUUGGAAUGGAGAAUACUUUUCUAAAGGCACUCAAAUUCCGUCUGAAUUCACCAACUCCGUAUGUCUUUAUGCUACGGGUCCUUAAGGCUGCUCGAUCAGAUACAGCGUUUGAACAUCUUGCCUUUUACCUCAUCGAGCUGUGCUUAGUUGAGUACGAGGCUUUGAAAUAUAAGCCCUCAUUGCUAUGUGCAUCAGCCAUCUAUCUCGCUAGAUGUACAAUGGAAAUGAAUCCAACAUGGACCCCGCUGCUUGAGAAACAUUCCGGCUACAGAGAAUCUCAAAUCAGAAGCUGCGCAGAGAUGAUCUUGAAAUUUCACAAAGCUGCUAAAACAGCUAUGCUGAAAGUAACAUAUGAGAAAUACAUGAGGUUUGAGUUCGGCAGGGUUGCAGCUAUAAAUCCAGUAGAAGUGCUUCCCCAGUGCAGUCAUGAAAAUCAAUGUUACAAGAAUUGAACAGAGCUAAAAUUUAGAUGAUGGGCUGCUUAUAUAAUGAGCUGAAACCAAAUCCAUUGUAAUCUUGCCCAGACAUGCGACUCAAUUGUCGCUGAAAUUGUUGAACAUAGAUGUUGUAUUGAGAAAUAUGAUUCUAAAUGGUAGGAGCCAGACACUGGUUUGGACGUAUUGUGCACUA